AUAUUGUUAACCACUUCCAGUCCGGACACUUUUACCCCCUUUCAGUCCGGACACUUUUACCCCCUUCCAGUCCAACUUUUAAACCCCCUUUCAGUCCGGACCCUUUCAGUUCCAGUCCGGACACUUUUACCCCCUUCCAGUCCGGACACUUUUACCCCCUUCCAGUCCGAACACUUUUCCUUCCAGUCCGGACACUUUCCCCCCCUUCCAGUCCGGACACUUUUACCCCACUUCCAGUCCGGAACUUUCACCCCCUUCCAAUCCGGACACUUUUACCCCCUUCCAGUCCGGACACUU